AUGACUACGAAGCAGCUAUCCCUUCACCACGUUGUAUUGACAUGCGCAAGAUAUCCAGCAAUUGAUAAUCAUGCGCACCCCCUUUUGUCUGCCUCCAAGCGUUCCGCAUUACCUUUCGAAGGCCUUGUCUCCGAGGCAUCUGGCCGUGCACUUGAUGACGCCGUCCACACCCUUGCAUGCUACCGCGCGACUUGCGAGUUGGCACAGCUGUAUGGUAUACAAGGAGAUCAUCCAAGAGAAGUGGCAUGGGAUGAGAUAAAACGAGUACGGGAAGGUAUGGACUACCAAAAGCUCUGCAAGUUAUGUUUCGAACCAGCGAAGAUUUACUGUCUGUUAUUGGACGACGGCCUCGGCGGGGUGGAAGAGAUGGCGGAAGGGUAUCAGUGGCACGAUCAAUUUACCUCAAGCCCUACGAAGAGGAUUGUCAGAGUGGAGGUCGUUGCUCAGGAAAUUCUGCAAAGCCUCUUCUCAAGCCUACCAGAGGCUCUGCCAUCAGAUGUUGUUAACAUUUUUUGUCUCGAACUGGUAAGACGCAUAGAACAGCAGGCGCAGGCGAAGGACGUCGUCGGAUUCAAGUCCAUCGUGUGCUACCGGACUGGCAUGAACGUCUCCAUGUCCUGCACUCACAUUGAACUUGAAAAAGCUCUCGAUGCAGUAUAUCAAGCAUACCGCUCAGAACCGACCACACCCAUCCGUCUCGCGGAAAAGGUGGUGAACGAUUUCGUCGUGCGUACAACACUCGAGCUCGCCGGCAAGUACAAGAAACCGGUUCAAUUCCACACGGGUCUCGGUGAUUCAGAUAUCACCCUCGGGCUCUCAAGUCCCUCACAUCUCCAGCCUAUCAUGAAAGAAUACCCCAACACGCCGAUCGUCCUCCUCCACUCGAGCUACCCAUACACACGCGAUGCUGGGUAUCUUGCUGCAGUGUACAAAAACGUAUAUCUUGAUUUUGGCGAGAUCUUCCCUUUUCUAUCGAGGAGCGGGCAAGAGAGCGUCGUUCGGCAGAUGCUAGAGCUAGCACCGACCAAUAAAAUUAUGUGGUCCACGGACGGACAUUGGUGGCCUGAGUCUUUUUACCUGGGAAGCAUACAGGCACGAUCGGUCCUUGGCGAGGUGUUGUCUGAGUGCAGCAAAAGAGGAAGUAUGAGCUAUCUCCGUGCCAUCGAGAUCGCGAAGGACAUACUGUUCAACAACGCGAACCGGAUCUAUAACCUCGGGCUCCAGGCACCAGAUAUCGAUUUAUAUGAGUAA